AAUAGUUGCGUGCGUCCAAAUGUCAAAAAGAUAUAGAAAAUUUAAAUAAAAUUUCGUGAAAAGUUACUUUUCGACAAUGUCUUCGGUCAUUUAUGUGGAUUUAAGUUCAGAUUCAGAGGAUGAGGGUCCGCCCGAUGCUAAGAGAGCCCGUCGUGAGGCAGCUAAGUUGCAUUUAUCCGCAUCAAAGCAGCUGCCCAGUAAAUUAUUGCAAAUACAAAAGGCUACAAUUAGUAAAGUGCCUGCCACAGUUGCUGUAGCCUUAAAAACGACAACAGCAACAACAACUACAUCGCCGGCAGUAGGAGCAAAUGCAACGACAACAACAGCUGCAGGGGCCUUCAGGUCCAUGCAAAUACCUAGCGGCAUUACAGUCACCAAGCACAAUGUCAAUAUGAAUUCAAAAUUGCUGUUUGAACCCAACAAUAACAACAGUAGUAGUAAUAAUAAUAAUAAUAAUAAUAACAACAGUACUAGCUUAAAAAGCAAAUCUAUAAAACUUACAACAGUUGGCCAAAAGGCUCCUGCCACAUUGGCCACAAUUACCAGCGUUCCCACUCCACAGUCAGUGAAGUUGUCGCCCAUGGGGAAAGCCUGGCUUCAAAAACCCUCAGUACAGUCGCAGCUAAAAGUAAUUGGACAACAACAGCUAACAUUGCAGCAACAACAACAGCUGAAGAACACAGGAAGUUUGCAUAAGCAACUAAAGACGUUGCCUGCAACUACAAUACAACAGCACUCGCCACAGCGUUCAACGGAAGCAACGCCUCAACUGCAACAACUACAGCGUUCGACAGCAGCAACACCGCAACAGCAACAAUCUCAGCGCUCGACAGUAGCAGCAGCACCUCAACAACAACAACAAGCACAGCGUUCAACAGCACCAAACCCACAACAGCAACAACUACAGCGUUCAACAGCAGCAACGUCCCAACAACAACAACCACAGCGAUCAACAGCAGCAACGCCCCAACAACAACAACCACAGUGUUCGUCAAUAGCAACGGUCCGUAAAACAGCACAGCGAGUUUCAAUCCCCCAACAACAACAUCAACCCCCGCGCUCGCCAGCUAUCACGUUUCAACAGCAACCGUGCUCGACAGCUACAAUAACACCACACCAACAACAAAAGUCACCUGCGCGCACUAAUUCGCAGCUGCCCCAAAAACCUACCGCUGCACCUUUAGUAAUGGCAGCACCGCUGGUAAAGCCAGCACUGCGUUUAACAGCACCCCCAACGAUGCAGAUCACGAGUGCACAAAAGUUGCCCUUGAAAUUGAAUCCAAUAAUGCUACAGCGUUUGCCCACAGUGCAGAUAAAGACAGGGCAAAAAUUGACAGCGGCAACAACGUUGCCGGCGCCGUCGACGCAGCCGCCAGCACUUAGCGCAACAACGCCAAUAAUUUCAACCAAAAAAGUGAAACUUGCAACAGCGCCGCCAGCAGCACACAUCUCAAAUAUAAGCAGCAACAACAUAGUGAGAGCAUCAGCUUCAACGCCACCGCUUCUGGCCAAACUCACGGCAAGCAAACCCAGUCUAGUGGUAUCUAGCGUGAACAAUAAUAGCGCCGCACGCACAAUGCCCUACAAACCAACAGCAGCAGUAGUAGCAGCAACAACAGUAAACCCAGCGCCCAUUAAAAGUAUAAGCACGACCACGCCCACACAAUCAUUGACAGCAGGCGCGACACCGCCAUUGCGAUUGCUAGCAACGCCGCCACACUGUGCUGCGGCGCUUAAUGAGCCGCUGUUGCUGAAUUUGCCACCGACCACCAGCAUAACGCCACAGCUGACGCCAACUACAACUCCGCCGCCACCAACGGCAACAGCAGCAACUACUUUGCCAUUAAGUAAACCAAAUUUUCCAGCUGCUAGCAUUUCGCCUGUAAGCAAACCAAAUUUUCCAGCUGCCAGCAUUUCGCCUGUAACCAAACCAGCUGCCAAGCGUGUGCAGCCCAUAACGGUGCUAAAGAAGUCAGAUGAGGAAUGGCGCAAGCACAUGGCGCAGCAGCAACUAAAGGAAUUGGAGCAACAAAAGCAACAGAAGCUAAAAGAGCAGCGAGCAUGCACGCCUACUAUAGUGUUAGUAGAAUCACCGCCCACAACGCCGCCCACUGAAAAGGAAGCUGAACCAGUUAAGCGCAAGUUGUCGCCAGCUGCAGCGUCAGGACCAGCAUCCUUGGUCUCGGAAUAUUCUGCGCUGCUGCAGCUCUGUCGUGAGCUGGACAAGACACCAGAUAUGACGCGCCUCAUAGAUACUAAGCUGCUCAAAUAUUAUCAUAGUGUGCAUGAGAGCUUUGUGCGCUCGCGUGGCUUUCGCAAGCAGCUGGAGCAAACGAUGGAACGCAUACGCGCCGAGCCGGAUAUGAUCUAUGUGCAUCUUAAGUGUGUGGUCGAUGAACUGAAGGUGCGACGCAAAGCCAAAGCGGUGGUGCUGGAUGCGACGCCACCGGUAGAUGAAGAAACUUCUGCGCCGGCGGUGGCGCCGACUGCAGCAAACAUUCCUGCUGCCACGUCUACUCCCACACCCUCACCCACAGCCACUCCCAGCACAGGCAAUAAACGGACAGAUGAGCGGAUACGCAAAUUAAAUCGAACUCUUUACACCAUAACAAAACGUAUUAGCGCGCUGGAGGAAGCGGAUGUUGAUUGGAACGAUGAUGAUGAUUCGAGCUAUCUGCAAGUGGAGCGCUAUAAAAAGCGCGCCUGUCAAAUCUAUGAAAAAAUCUGUGAUCUAACCGGUGAAAGUAAAAGCGCGCAUCGUCAGCUAAAGCAGCCUAUAUGCUUCAAGGACUCACCUCAUCCACAAUUCAAUCGAACGCUUUCUGCGUUUGUCAAUCGCAUGCAUGAGUUUCCAGAUUAUCAUGAUGUGUUGCAGCUGCUUGAGCAUUGCAACAAGGAGAAGGAACUUGGACUGGCCACAUUCGAAAUGAAGCGCAUAGCUCACGAUGCUUUUGUUAAAGUGGGCCGCCUGCUGCAGGCGCGGCGCAAGACUGAUCUCUACGAGACCGUUACACAUUUUACAGCCAAUGCUAAGGAUCCCGCAGCCAGCGAUGCCGAUUUGCUUGCUAAGCUGAAUGAGAAUAACAAAAAGCAAACCAAGAUUAGUGACAUUUUGGAAAAAUUUGCUCGAGAGCAGGAUCUUACCACGGAGGAGCAGCGCGAGGCGCGUUUAAAAGAGAAGCAGCUGCAGCAACAACAACAACAGCAAACCUUGCCACUAGCAAUUAUUGCUGUAGACGCUGAUGAUAAGCCCAGUACCAGUGCUGAGGCAGCGCAGGCGCUAAGCAAUGGCAGCACGGCACAUGCUGUCAUCAGCGAAAGUGAAAGCGAAGAAGAUGAGGAUGAGUCCGAUGAGGAUGUGGACACAUUUGUGGAUAACUUCAAAGCCAAUGGCGAUCUUAGCGAUGCCGAUGUAGAGUCCGAUACAGAAGCGAAUGCCUCACCAAAGACCAUAACUGCAGCUGCUAAUGUGAUAGUUAACGAUGUAACGAGAGUUAAGACUGCUGCCAUCAAAGAGAAUGUAGAACACGAUUACUACUAUGCCCUGGAUAAUGGCAUGCCAAAGGAUGCAACAGCAACUGGCCUCACGUCGCUUAAGGUCAUUUCCGUCUCUAGUCUAAAUGCCAGUGUGUCCAAGGAGCAGCAGCAGCAACAACAACAACAGAAGCAGCAGCAGCCAAUUCAAUCACGGCUAACUAUAGGCACUGAAAUUGUCAUAUCGGAUGAGGAGUCAUAAGCUUUGCUUUAAAAUCUGUGUUUAGCUAGUAGUUAGUUUUUAAUAAUUUAUAUACAUGCAUCACUGACGCACACAUUUUGUUAUCAUUAUUUUGUAUUGCAUUAUUUUUUGCCCAAAUUCAUUUUGACAUAUGUAUUGUAUAUCAUAUUGAAUAUAUAAUUUACGGCACGUUGUGGCUGCUGUGUGGACCGAUGUCCUUAGAUAGUGUACAUAAUUUUAAAAUACUACAACUAGUACUAUUAAGUGUGUCU